AUGCUUGGACGUACUGUCUUAUUUUCUUUGCUUGUUUUACAAUGCACAGCAAAAUAUUCGCACGAUUUCUCAAACUGGUUAGCAGACUAUUAUGGACCAGCAGUUCGAGAUCAAAUGGAACGCGCUGAUCUCGGGAAUGGUGGAGCAUUUGGCGGGAAGAAAGGAAGCUCUGAUCGCCUGAUCAAUCAACCAGUUGUUUUCGUUCACGGAGUCUCCGAUACGGCUGGUGAAAAAAUGAGAGAAGCUGCCAACUAUUUCAAGACGAAAGGAUAUAGAGACAACGAAUUAUAUUCAACCACAUAUUUCAAUGGCGCUCAGGGAAAUCCGGUCAAGUGGGUUGAAUACAGCAUGAGAUGUGAAUAUGUUAAACAAGUACGCGCUCUCAUUGUCGCUGUUCGCCUUUACACUGGAAGAGCUGUAGAUGUUAUUUCAUUCUCUCUUGGAGUGCCUGUGUCACGUAAGGCCAUCUUGGGAGGACGUUGUGUUGAUACGGGGGAGUUUUUGGGUGGCCCAUUGACGAAAUUUGUUGACACUUUCGUCGGAGUAGCAGGUCCCAACCAUGGAAUUAGUCUUCAGGUCGGAGGAUUAGCAAUUCCUGGUUGUGUAUUGAGUAUCAUUCCCAUUUGUAAUCAAGUGACAGGAUUGUAUUCCGGCGUCUGUCCACAAGAAAGUGAAUUCCUUCAGGAUAUCAAUAGCAUGACGAAUUAUGAAGGACGAUAUGUCUAUUCGUUGUAUUCCGUUAAAGAUCAAAUCGUCGGCUACAAAGUGUGUGAAAAGAUAACACCUCAAAUAGCUGGACAAACAGGUGAGAAAGUUUUUCAAGAGCAUAAUCAUGAUAAUACAUUCCAUAAAACACAUGAUUUUCAAAUAUCUAUGAUAAAAGAUCAUAUUGUACUUUAA